AUGGAUAGAUCGCAGGAGGGUGAGCUGGUGGGCAAGUACCGUGGCGUGCGGCGGCGGCCCUGGGGCAAGUUCGCCGCCGAGAUCCGCGACUCGAGCCGCCACGGCGUCCGCGUCUGGCUGGGCACCUUCGACACCGCCGAGGAGGCUGCGCGCGCCUACGACCGCUCCGCCUACUCCAUGCGCGGCGCCAACGCCGUCCUCAACUUCCCCGCCGACGCCCACCUCUACGCCCGUCAACAGCAGCACCACAAUAAUAAUCAGAAUAAUAAUGCCUCCUCCUCCUCCUCCUCCGCCAACAGUACUACUAGGCCGCCGCCGAUCGAGUUCGAGUACCUCGAUGACCAGGUGCUGCAGGAGAUGCUGCGAGACGACACCACCACCAACAACAACAAGUAG